AUGCGGAAGGAAACAGCGAGCAUAGUUUUGAGCCUGAUCAGAGAGAGGUUGACUACUAGGACCGACAAAAACCGCGCUGUGACUCCAGAAGAAAAGUUUCUCUGCACUUUAAGGUUCUAUGCUUCUGACAGCUUCUUUAUCAACAUAGGUGAGUUGAGUGGGCUACACAAGUCAACUGUUAGUAAAAUUAUAAAUGAAGUGUCAGUUGCAAUCGCAUGUUUAUGCCCUCAAUUCAUCAAAAUGGCUACGACUGAAGAAGAUAUCAAAAGAGUGAAAAGCGGGUUUUACAGUAAGGCGCGGUUCCCUAACUGUGUUGGUGCAAUCGAUUGCACACAUGUCAAGAUUCAUUCGCCUGGAGGCCCUCAAGCUGAAGUCUACCGCAACAGAAAAGGCGUGUUUACUAAAAACGUACAAGCAAUUUGUGACUCCACUCUGAUGUUCAGGAACAUCGUUGCUCGCUGGCCUGGCAACACACAUGAUGCACAUAUUUUCAAUUCAUCAAAAGUAAAGCGGGAUUUCGAAAGCAAUGAGUUUGGAAAUGGAGUUUUGGUGGGAGAUGCUGGAUACGGGUGUACGAACUACAUGAUCACCCCUCUGGACAGUGUUACAACUCCAGAAGAGCAAUUAUUCCAAGAAUCCCAAAUCAGAACCAGAAAUCCCAUCGAACGAUGCUUCGGAGUAUGGAAAUGGCGUUUCCCUGUUCUUUCCCUAGGGAUUCGAGUGAAGGAAGAAAGGGUUGAAAGCAUAAUUGUUGCUGCAGCUGUUUUGCACAAUGUCUGUAUUUCUGAAAACGAAGCUGUCCCCCCUGUGAAUGACGAAGUAGAGGCAGCAAUUGCGGCCUUAGAAACACUAACUCCUCAAGUAGGCAGAGUUGGCCAACAAACCCCAAGAAAUUUCCCAGAUCAGAACAAUAUUGUAAGGAACAACCUUAUUAACAGAUAUUUUAGAAGUUUGCUGUAA